AUGGCACGACUAAAAGAGACGAAGCAACAGAUUGACCUAAGUAGAAUUGCUCAACGCGUAUACAUACGCCAUGGCCUAUCGCAAACGCACCAUCUCAAGAGGGAUGCAUCGACAGAUCUUACAGUCCCCGAUGGAUUCGUCAUCAAACCGACUGCCUUACUUGAUGACGACUCUUUCGGAAGCUAUCCGUACGACGUCUGUUGGUACGACUGCUGGGUCCGUUACCAGAUGGAGUCCCAGCCCCGAGAUCUCUAUUCUGUCCUCCAAGAAACUGAAGCGAAACGAAACGAUAUCCCAAUGAUGGCAUUCACCACCAUCUGGCACGAAGUGUGGGUUCAGGCCUCAACGAGCGACUCCAGCAUUGACAGUAUUGUCACUUGUCUUUUUGACAAGAAAUUGGCAAAGAUGCAUGAUGACACUGAGGCUCUGAGCCACGCCACAAACCUUGUCUUCGCGAUAAUCGGGUGGCAAACGAUGUUGUACAAGCCGGAUACAGGAUCUUGCCCUCGAGCCCAGCUGGCCAUCGCGGACGAGACUGAUGGACAUCGUGGGUAUGCCUACAUGAACCUGCGGCAAGACCAAGGCGCGUCGAGGAAAACUUUGUAUGAGUUCCUUAUGGGAUUUGGCGUACUGUUGCCAUGUUACAAUUUCAACACGCUGGCUUCAGAUGACGACAAGCGGGCUCUAGUGGCAACAAAAGCCGUAACGCCGGACUCGUUGAAUGUGCAUCUUCUUACCAGUAUUGGUGGUAUCCAGAUCAAAUGGACCGAUAGCCUAGCAUGUCACCUCGAGUUUGACGCUGAUUCGAGUACGCUCUACCUCUUCCGAUUUCCGACAUUCUGCGCAAUCAAUCUGCUUAGCCAGGAGAAGGACCAGACGAAGCCAACAAUUCAUUCUUGUGCAGCUCCGCCUAUGGCUGCAUCGUACUGGGCAACCCAUGAGGAUAUCAACGACCUACUUCGAGAAACCUUACUUUCUUACCGCCUACUGUUUGGACAGAACAAAGCGUCUCGGCGGCUGUUCCGCUCGUUGAAUCCGUUUGGAGACUUGCCUGAAAGAUGUAAAGACCGCAGUCUAUCGGAACUGUGCGGCAGAAAACAAAGCAACUUCGGGACCCAGCUACCAGAACGUGAUUCCUACGUCCUAAGUAAAGACUUUCCUAUCUUGCGAAGCCGACUGGCAGUCCUCGCACACCAUUUCUCCAACAAACGUCCAAGGACGUGGAAAGAAUUGUGGGACGAUAAAAGAGAUUCAGCAUCGUGGUUCACCUUCUGGGCUGUCCUGAUCUUUGGUGGAAUUGCCAUCAUUCUUGCUUUCGUGCAGGUUAUUCUCCAAAUUGUACAAGUCAGUCUUCAGAUAAAGCAACCUUAA